AUGAGAGAGAGACGGGACAGUCGUGGAUCCUCUGGGGAGCCUCAACAACCUCAUGAUGCUGACGAGGCAGAGAAGAGUCUCUCCAGAUCAGAACGCCUCAAUAAACACCUGCAGAGAUCCACAGGGAAGAGAACUCACUGCUGCUCUGACUGUGGGAAGAGAUUCACCUCAUCAGGCAUUACAAUUCAUCAGAGAAUCCACACAGGAGAGAAACCUUAUAGCUGUGUUCAAUGUGGGAAGAGUUUUACUACAUCUGGCCCUCUGAGAGUGCACCAGAGAAGACACACAGGAGAUAAACCUUAUAGCUGUGAUCAAUGUGGGAAGAGUUUUACUACAUCUGGCUCUCUGACUUUACACCAAAGAACACACACAGGAGAGAAACCUUAUAGCUGUGAUCAAUGUGGGAAGAGUUUUACUAGAUCUGGCCAUCUGACAUUACACCAGAGAACACACACAGGAGAGAAACCUUAUGGCUGUGAUCAAUGUGGGAAGAGUUUUACUAGAUCUAGCUAUCUUACUAUACACCAGAGAAUACACACAGGAGAGAAACCUUAUAGUUGUGAUCAAUGUGGGAACAGUUUUACUAGUUCUAGCUAUCUAACUAUACACCAGAGAAUACACACAGGAGAUAAAUCUUAUGGCUGUGAUCAAUGUGGGAAGAGUUUUACUAGAUCUGGCCAUCUGACAUUACACCAGAGAACACACACAGGAGAGAAACCUUAUAGCUGUAAUCAAUGUGGGAAGAGUUUUUGUCAAUCUAGUGAUCUGACAGUGCACCAGAGAACACACACAGGAGAGAAACCUUAUAGCUGUGAUCAAUGUGGGGAAAGUUUUGCUCAAGCUAGCCAUCUGACUCAACACCAGAGAAAACACACAGGAGAAAAACCUUUUAUCUGUGAUAAAUGUGGGAAGAGUUUUACUAUAUCUAGCUAUCUGACAGUACACCAGAGAAAACACACAGGAGAGAAAUCGUAUAGCUGUGAUCAAUGUGGGAAGAGUUUUGUUCAAGCUAGCCAUCUGACUCAACACCAGAGCACACACACAGAAGAGAAAUCUUUUAUCUGUGGUAAAUGUGGGAAAAGUUUUGGUCAAUCUGGCCAGCUGACUCAACACCAGAGAACACACAUAGAAGAGAAAUCUCAUAGCUGUGACCAGAGAUAAUCUGAUAAAAGAUCUCUGGUCAAAUAUUAGUAAAUACAUACAUGAAGGAGUUGUUUCAUGAUAUCAAUGAAAUUUAUUCACAAUGUAGAAUGUUUUAACAUUGUAGUAGGAGUAUUUUAAUGAUGUCACAAUGUAGAAUGUUUUAACAUUGUAGUAGGAGUAUUUUAAUGAUGUCACAAUGUAGAAUGUUUUAACAUUGUAGUAGGAGUAUUUUAAUGAUGUCACAAUGUAGAAUGUUUUAACAUUGUAGUAGGAGUAUUUUAAUGAUGUCACAAUGUAGAACCCUAAACGUUUGUCCCCUGUUCUAUUGAUUUCAGCAUGAUAUGGAUAUUAGCCUCAGGGGGAAAAUCCAGGCUCUGAAUUGAAAGAGUACUAUUUAUGUGAUUUAACAAAAAGUGACUAACACAAAAAGAGCUGUGUUACACUUACCAUGUUGGUGACCCACUUGAAUCAAAAUGGAACACCUCAAAAUGUAGCGAGCUGUUUUCUACAAGUUGUCCUCUAACCAGUGAUGUACACAUUACUCCCAGAUUCCGUGUGGUUUUUCAGCUGUUAGUUUUAACAGGAAGUGCAACAUCAUCUCCCUCCUGUAGCACAAAUGAUUUUAGCAUGAUAUAGAUUAGUUAUGACAAAUAAGUGUUGCGUUCCUUUGUUUUGCAACCCCUAAAUUUAAAUGCAUCACUCUAAAAUGUAGCUGACUGUCUUCUGCAGGUUGUCCUCUAACCAGUGAGGUUAAAGAUAUCUCCCAUUUCCAUGUGUUUUUUUAGUUGUGUUAGUUUCAACAGCACGAACAACC